GCCCGUGCCCGUGCCCAGCGGCCGGAGAAGCGACAGCCGGGCAACCCGCCAGCGAGGGCGAGGGAAGGAGUAGUAGUGUGAGCUCGCCCGUGCGAGGAGCUGGUGCUGAGCCGCAGCCAUGGGGAACCGCGGGAUGGAGGAUCUCAUCCCGCUGGUCAACCGGCUGCAGGACGCGUUCGCCGCCAUCGGGCAGAAUGCCAACCUCGACCUGCCGCAGAUCGCCGUGGUGGGGGGGCAGAGCGCCGGCAAGAGCUCCGUGCUGGAGAAUUUCGUCGGGAGGGACUUCCUGCCACGUGGAUCUGGCAUCGUAACCAGGCGCCCGCUGGUCCUGCAGCUGGUGAAUGCCAGCACAGAAUAUGGUGAGUUCCUACACUGCAAAGGGAAGAAAUUCACUGACUUUGAGGAGGUUCGUUUGGAAAUUGAGGCUGAAACAGAUCGUGUCACUGGCUCCAACAAAGGGAUCUCCCCUGUGCCCAUCAAUCUUCGAGUCUACUCUCCCCAUGUCCUGAACCUAACCUUGGUAGAUCUACCGGGUAUGACAAAAGUCCCAGUGGGAGACCAGCCCCCUGACAUCGAGUUUCAGAUCCGAGACAUGCUCAUGCAGUUUGUCACCAAAGAGAACUGCCUCAUCCUGGCAGUCUCCCCAGCCAACUCCGACCUGGCUAAUUCUGAUGCCCUGAAGAUCGCCAAGGAGGUGGAUCCGCAAGGGCAGCGCACUAUCGGAGUCAUCACCAAGCUGGACCUCAUGGAUGAGGGAACUGAUGCGCGAGACGUGCUAGAGAACAAAUUACUGCCCCUGCGCAGGGGUUACAUUGGUGUAGUCAACAGGAGUCAGAAGGACAUUGAUGGCAAGAAGGACAUCCAGGCAGCUCUGGCUGCAGAGAGAAAAUUUUUUCUCUCCCACCCAGCCUACAGACACAUGGCUGACCGCAUGGGGACCCCCUACCUGCAGAAAGUACUGAACCAGCAAUUGACCAACCACAUCCGUGACACCCUGCCAGGGCUGCGGAACAAGCUCCAAAGCCAACUCCUCUCCAUUGAGAAGGAGGUGGAAGAGUACAAAAGCUUCCGACCUGAUGACCCUGCUCGCAAGACCAAAGCUCUGCUCCAGAUGGUCCAGCAGUUUGCUGUGGACUUUGAGAAACGUAUUGAAGGCUCUGGAGACCAAAUUGAUACCUAUGAGCUGUCAGGAGGAGCGAGGAUUAACCGCAUCUUCCAUGAACGCUUCCCCUUUGAACUGGUGAAGAUGGAGUUUGACGAGAAGGAGCUGCGGCGGGAGAUCAGCUACGCCAUCAAGAACAUCCACGGCAUCAGAACCGGUCUCUUCACGCCCGACAUGGCCUUUGAGACCAUUGUGAAAAAGCAGGUGAAGAAGAUUAAAGAGCCUUGCCUGAAAUGCGUGGACAUGGUCAUUUCGGAGUUAAUCAAUACCGUUAGACAGUGCACCAAGAAGCUCAGCCAGUACCCUCACCUGCGUGAGGAGAUGGAGAGGAUUGUGACCACCCACAUCCGCGAGAGGGAGGGCAGGACCAAGGACCAGGUCAUGCUCCUGAUAGACAUCGAGCUGGCUUACAUGAACACAAACCAUGAGGAUUUCAUUGGCUUUGCCAAUGCUCAGCAGAGAAGCAGCCAGAUGAGCAAGAAGAAGGCAGCUGGCAACCAGGAUGAGAUCCUGGUCAUCCGAAAGGGCUGGCUCACCAUCAACAACAUUGGGAUUAUGAAAGGUGGCUCCAAGGAGUAUUGGUUUGUCCUGACAGCAGAGAACCUUUCCUGGUACAAGGAUGAUGAGGAGAAGGAGAAGAAGUAUAUGUUACCAGUGGAUAACCUGAAACUGCGAGAUGUUGAGAAGGGCUUCAUGUCCAGCAAGCACAUCUUUGCUCUCUUCAACACUGAACAGAGGAAUGUUUACAAGGACUACCGGCAGCUGGAGCUGGCCUGUGAGACCCAGGAGGAGGUGGAUAGCUGGAAGGCUUCCUUCCUUCGUGCAGGAGUCUACCCAGAGCGUGUUGGGGACAAGGACAAAGCCAGUGAAGCAGAGGAGAAUGGAUCAGACAGUUUCAUGCACUCCAUGGACCCUCAGCUGGAGAGACAAGUGGAAACGAUCCGCAACCUGGUGGAUUCCUACAUGGCAAUUGUCAACAAAACCAUCAGAGACCUCAUGCCGAAGACAAUCAUGCACCUCAUGAUAAACAAUACCAAGGACUUUAUCCACUCAGAGCUGCUGGCCAACCUGUACUCCUGUGGUGACCAGAACACACUGAUGGAGGAGUCUGCAGAGCAGGCCCAGCGGCGUGAUGAGAUGCUGCGCAUGUACCACGCCCUGAAAGAAGCCCUCAACAUCAUCGGGGACAUCAACACCAGCACCAUCAGCACCCCCAUGCCCCCACCGGUGGACGACUCCUGGCUGCAGGUGCAGAGCGUACCGUCCGGACGCAGGUCUCCUACAUCCAGCCCCACGCCACAGAGGAGGGCUCCCGCAGUUCCCCCUGCCAGACCUGGGUCUCGAGGCCCAGCUCCUGGACCACCUCCUGCUGGUGGGUCCACCCUGGGUGGUGCCCCCCCUGUGCCCUCCAGGCCAGGUGCCUCUCCUGAUCCCUUUGGGCCCCCACCUCAGGUUCCUUCUCGGCCUAAUCGUGCUCCUCCUGGUGUUCCCAGAAUCACUAUCAGUGACCCCUGAGGACUGGCAGCCACGCAGAAGGGGCCCUGCCUCACCUACACGACCCACCAUAAUCCGACCGGCUGAACCGUCCCUCUUAGAUUUAUAACUCAAGGCUGUAGACAGCUGGCGCCGAAUGCUGUGCUGGCAGCUUCCCCAUUCCACCCUCCCUGCCACAGCCACUGUCACUCCUCUCAUCCAUCCCACACCUCUGCCUCCUGCCACCCCUUCCUGGUGUGUUGUACAGCCCCAGCCUAGCGAUCGAGCUCUUCGUCUCCACUCGUGCGUCCUGUAUUGCUUUGUGAGCCUAGAGUAGCCUUGUUCUGUGGCAUGGAUCCCUGCAGUGCACAGGCUCCUUGGAGACAGCAGCCACAGGGGUAUCUUAAGUGCAAGUGGUGGCUGUCUGUCCAGUAACUUCAUCUGCCUGGUCUAGCCUAGAUAAGUGUCCUGCCUGCACCAGUUAGCUGUAGCACCUGGGACUGAGCUGUAGCUAUUUUCUCAUAGUUAAGACAAAGGUGUGACUUAGACAAAAAGCCCCACGCCAUAAUGUGACAUUGUUAGGAACAGGUUCGAUGUUCUCUGUGUUAGUUUGACUUCUGAGGUGCAAAAAUUCACACUGGGAACAGUGCAAUCAACCUUCUAUCAAAGUUGGGCAGGGAGAUGGAGCAGGGGGAGUUUAGUCCUGCUAGAACAAAGGCUGAGUGCCUGCACCAGAGGUCUCACAUGUGAGGCGCUGGCUCCUGCCAGCGGUUGUCUUACAUCAUCAUUUUUGGCUGACUUUCCUGAACCCAGCAGGGAGAGGGGAAUAGGUACACUGCUCCCCCCUUGCAGCCAGCCAGCCAAACGUUUUCAGAGUUUGCUGUGUGGGUUUUGGUGGAAAUAUUUCUGCUCCAAGCACGUCCCUCAGUGUUCCUGAGUGCUGUGGUGACUGCUACCCUAAGCCUUUUCUUCUUGCAUGUGGAUGGUACCUGUUAGGGAAACUUAUAACUGUUGUUGACUGCACCUCAUCUUCUUAAGGUUUGGGUUUUGCUUUUCAUGCUACGCGUGUUAAAAAAAAAACACCAAACAACUUGAGAAUUCAAACUCUGUCUCCCCUGCACAUCUCAGGUGUUCUGUCUCUGCCAGAGCUGAAUGAGCCACCUCUGUCACAGGCUUUCAGCCCAGCCUGAUUCACAUCAAAGAUCCCUUUCUUAAGUGCUGUUCUUGAUUUCUGUUGUGGAUCCUCUGUUGUUCUGAUGCCAGUUCCUUUCUGUAUUUUAACUACUGUUUUACCACUUCUCCCCCUUUCCCUUUUCCUCUUUUUCUUUGUUUUUCUUGUCUCUAAACUCCAGCCGGCCGGGUAAGGCCAGUCCCUCCCGCCCGGAGAGCCCCAAGCCACCAUUUGACCUGUAGGCCUGCUCCCUCUGAGACUCUUUGCCUGCCUCUUAGCUGUUCUGUCCUGGAAUGGUCUGAUGCGAACCUCACACAUGGCUUUUCUGUCUGUAUCUUGUGACACACACAUAUCAGCUGUGAUUGUAGUGAAACUGGGUUUGGUUUUCUUUUUUUUUCUCCCAGCAGCUUAAAGGAGUUAAACAAAUAUAUUGUAGUAAUGAGAAACAUAUCUGUACUGUUAUAAAUAUCUAUAAAUAUAUAUAUAUAAGAUGAAAAAUCUAUAUAUGUCCAGGUGUUUAAAGCCAUUUGUGCUUCCAUGUGGAUCUUAGGAAAUAAGUAGGGGAAGAAUAUCUAUAGACUUAUACAUCCCCACCUCCAGAAGGUAACCAAAUCCUGGUGUUGCAUUUUUGAGCUGAUUGUUAAAUUCUCUGCUGUGUGCAGUUGGGUUAUUAUUGUACUGCCCCCGACUUGUGGGUGAACUGUGUCAGUGCUGGUAGUAGCUGUGAUGCAGUUUGUGAUCUACCUGUCACUCUUGUUUAUUGGAUGAAAUAAACUCUCAUUUCUGUACAA